AUUAACAUACGCGAGACAUAUCUAGAUUGUCUCCGUUAAGUUUCUUCCCUAGUUAUUUUGAAGAUCGCUAACGCACCAGAUGCGCAGUAGCAAGCCCCGCCCAAACGCCGCCUGACACAGCAUCACACGUCUCUAAAACAUGAUUUUGAUCUUCAAAUAAGCCGUUUUCUUCCCGCCAGGUUCACAAGACAGUACUUCACUCAAAAGGGGUUUGUUCGCACAUACGGCUCCAUGCGAACUUGCGGGCCAUCUCGAACCUAAAACAAAUGGUCGCAUAUUCGAUGACGUCAUAUUAGUUGUCGUGAAGAGACUUUGACCUCCCAACGUUAAACACCAGCACUUACUAUUAUAUAAACUGUUAAUUUGAGCUUUAAUACUAGCGACUAAAGGGAAGUAAUACUUACUAAGGAAUCAGUACCUACAGAGGAAAAGAAACGCUUCUUGAAAUGAAGCUACAGUUUGGAUUGCCACAUAAGGCGUGUUUUAAGGGCAGGCUGAUUCCAGUUCCAAACCAGGUGUUUUGGUUGCUCGAAUGACUUGUUUUCCAGGAUGAUUGUACAGUGAUUUCUCAGAUAUGCCAAAACUGCCAGGAAGACUUUGAGGCUGGAGUAAGUAAGCUUGUUAACCUGGAUCUUCAGGUUUCCUGUGAAUCAAGCCAUUGCUGCGAAGAGUGAGAGUCAUGAUGGUUUAACACCUGUUUGAACAGUGCCUUCAGCUGGAUGCAUUUCACUGUGUUAAAGCUGAAAAUCUCUAAGAUGGAGUGUUCUAGAGAAGAGAGAGUUGCGUGUACAGUAGUGAUUAUAAACUUUUCCUAGAGAGAUAUAAUGGAUUCUGAAGGUCAUAAAAGGAGACCAAAGGACCUUGUCUUGUCAAGUUCGGCACGUGAAAUAAGCAGUAUUGCUUCUGUUAGUUCAGGAAAGCAUUACAUCUGUGGCUAUUGUGCAGCUUUCACAAAUAUAGCAGUGACCUUCCCUAUUCAGAAAGUGUUGUUUCGCCAGCAACUAUAUGGAAUAAGAACCAGCGACGCUAUUCGCCAGUUACAGAAGGAUGGAAUUAGGAAUCUAUAUCGGGGAAUCUUGCCUCCACUAAUGCAGAAAACUACCACUCUGGCCCUCAUGUUUGGGUUAUAUGAAGACUUCUCUAGUCUCUUACUGAAGACCACAAGUGCUCCUGAACUUGUGACACGUAGUGUGGCAGCUGUGCUUGCAGGAACUGCAGAAGCCGUUUUGUCACCCUUUGAGAGAGUGCAGACAUUGCUCCAGGAUCAUAAGCACCAUGAUAAAUUUCCAAAUACUUUCCAAGCUUUCAAGAUGCUGAAAGAAUAUGGCCUCAGAGAGUACUACAGAGGUUUAGUUCCAAUCCUUUUACGAAAUGGACCUAGUAAUGCUUUAUUUUUUGGACUGCGAGGGCCCAUCAAACAGCGCCUACCUGAAGCAAAUACUUACAGCACACACUUGAUCAAUGACUUCAUCUGUGGGGGGCUACUGGGUGCUAUGCUUAGUUUCAUGUUUUAUCCCAUAAAUGUAGUAAAGACUCGCAUGCAGUCUCAGAUUGGUGGGGACUUUCAAACAUUUCCAAAGGUUUUCAUGAAGAUAUGGACAGAACGGGAUAGAAAACUCACUCAUUUAUUCAGAGGUGCCCAUCUGAAUUAUCAUAGAUCGAUUAUGUCAUGGGGCAUAAUUAAUGCAACUUACGAACUUUUGUUGAAAUUGUUAUGAUCAGUCUGGAUAGUGCUUUUUGCUCAUGGACAGACUGUCUAAUGAAGAACAGUCUAUACCACCUGAUUAUUGGGCAGUAUGGAAGGGGAGAUCAAAGACCUUCAAUAUAUGGCAGCAUUAGAAAAACGUAUGAAAAAUCUGUCAUCUGAAGUAGUGGAGCAAUUAAGUGAUACAGGCAUUGUUUUAUUCCUGUUUUUGGUAUUCUUUACUGCUCCCCUACUUCCUGCUACCAGGAAUACCUACCGUAGGAAGUGAGAGUUUGGGAUUGCAGACCUUUGUCCUGCAGGGAGUCAGUAUACUUUUUUUUUCUCUCCUCCUCACUGCUUCCUCUGUUGGCUGGCAGACAUGAUAAAGUGGCUGCUAGGCUUAUAUGUGGGUGAGGUUUUUUUUUUUUUAAUACACCUGCCUUGCCUAGCUAGUGAAUGAUGCUCUGCUUGGCAGGCUUUCGCCUUUACAUCCCACCUUCUUACCCUGAGCAUACUGCUAGGGUCUGACAUGCAGGUGUCACUUCAGUAAUGGGAUGUGUAACAAUUCCAUCUCUAAGAUGGGUGAACGUGCAUUGGCUGCUCAUUUCGGACCCCCCCCCUUUCAGUCCAGUUUCUCUCCUUUCUAGUUCACUUACCAGUCCUAGAUUGUCUGAAACAUAAGACUUUCCUUCUAAGCCAUGGAGAUGACUUAGCAUUAUUUCUAGCCUUCCUGGGCAUAAGGCUUUUCAGAGUUUCAUUGGUGUACACAGCUUUAGGUGAGUUGCGGUAGACCACAAGUGCUGGAACAUUUUCACUUGUGUAUAAUUACUCAUAAUUUCAUACAGCAGUGAAUUCUUGAUGUUCAGUUUGGAAAAUCACUGCAUGUUCAUUUAAACUUGCCCAUAACAGUAAGUCAUCAAAUCAAGGUUGACGUUUUAAAAAUGUUUUCCAAACUGUUUACUAUAAUUCUGCUUAGUGUCUUGCAGGUUAUUGGGCAGUACAAACAUUAAAAUUGAUACAUUAUUGUAGUGGGAGAAGCUGUCCCUUUAUAAGAUGCCAUAAACCUGUGAGUUUAGGAAAGGAUUCUACAUUUCUUAAAUACCUCCCUUUUUCCACAGGAUCGAAGCACCACACUUGCAGCAUCUGCACUACUUUCAAGUGCAAGUCCUUGUAUAAUGCUGCUGGAAAGGCUGUUGGAGCAUAAAAGUAAAAUGUGGCAUGCUUUAAAAGCAGUCUUAACAUAAGUGAUAGCUGAGUAAUUCAUGUAAUUGUUUUAAUUGUAUACAGUUAAUGUUUUUUCAGUGUUGGCAGAGUUGUUUCUGAAAUAAUAUAUUGAAUUGUAAUACUGUUUCAGAGAUACAAGAGUUGUAAACUGAAUUGUAUUAAUACUUGUUCAGAAUGUUAGUACUGACAUGUGAUUUUCAUGUUUUCACCAAGCCAUUUCAUUUUGUCAGAUUGUGAUACUGAUAGGGAUGAUAGCUGUCAUUUAUUCUAUUGUUUUUCUAAGCUAUAUAAUAUAUAUGUAGAGAGAGACAGGUAGAGACAAGCAACUACCUAAAGAAUUUAAUUUGCACUAAGUCGUUUUGGGCCUAAAAAUGAACCCUUUUAUCUUGAGGCAGUGCCUUAAGACACUGUUUUGAAAAUGUGGUGCAAACCUGUAUCAGUAAUGUAGUACCUUGAAAGUUUGAAAACAGUCAUUUAACUUUGAUAUAUUUUAAUAUUUUUGUCUUGUAUUUAGUGUAUAGAGGACCUUUGGCUCUGGCCAUAGCUUGUUUUAUUUUUAUGAUCCAUGUAAGAUAGUAGAUUUUUGUUUUAUUUAUACAGACCAACAGGUUUUGUGAAGAAUUCCAGGGUUUUCUUAGAGUAUAGUUAAGAAGCAAAGAAAUUCAGCAGUGGUUGUAAUUAUAACUUUGAAUACUAUGGGAUAGAGGCUGAAGAAACAUUUCUGAAUUUGAGCUUUUAUUGUAAGUAAAAGGUAUUAAUGUGUUAAAGGGAGCCAUGAUUGUACACGAGGAGGUCAUGGAUGCAAGACUGUAGCUAAAAAUAAAUAAAAGCAGUCUUUGAAUACCAAAUGCAUCAGCAGGUCCCACCACUAAAAUGACAUUUGAGUAAUUUACUUUAGCACAGUGGAGUCUUUUAGCUGCAGACAUGAGUCUUUGUUUCUUUUAGUUGUAGAAUUCACAGGGUGUCAGCUGAGAGAAACUUGGUUAAUUUGGCUUUUAGUUUGAAUGAAGUUUUAAAUUCUGUGGGCCAUGUUUUUAACUGCCAAUGUCACUUUUGAUGCACAAAUGAAAAACUGAGUUAUAAUAUUAAAAGCUGUAGAAGGAAAAUGGGGAAGGGCAAAGCAUUGAUUUUCUUUUUAAGGUUCAUGAUUUGAUUUAUACUUGACAUUAGUUCAUGAAUAUGAAAACACUGACAGCAAAUUUGCAGGCAUAAACUAUAGUGGAUGCGCUAUUCUGAUUCCAUAUACAGAGCAGUGUAACAGUUUGUCAUCUAAUAGUUGGAGGUACUGCACUUGUACCUGAGGGAGUUGGGAGUUUGACUUCUUUAUCAUACAAUUAUUAAUAACAACUGUGAGUUCUGCUGUAGUGGAAUUCCAGUGAUCUAGAAAUCAGCAUACAUCUUCCCAAGAAAUUAGGCAUACAAGAAACAUUCAGUCUUUCCAACUUACAGGUGCAUAUACAGUCCAGUAAGCAUCUUUCAUGCACUGCACACUUGAUAAGAUCACUGUGCAAUUGUAGAGUGCUUUCUGUGCUUGUAGCCCGAGUUAGACCAUUACAAAUAUUAUCAGUUAUAUCCAGCACUGUGGUCAGUACUGGGGAGUACCAUAUUUCUCAAUGGCUUAAGGAGGACCAUCACUAUAGGCUUGUAAAUAUUGCUUUGGGAAUGUCUGGAGUAGUAGCAUUGCUUAGCCUAGAAGAAGCCAUUGCAUUUUGCAAAUGGGAAACCCCUGCAUCAGCUUCAUAGAGUAGAAUGACAGAACUCCAAGUACAACCCAGACUACCAGAGUUUGAAUAGUGGCCCAUGUGCUGGAAGAGCUAGCUGAAUGGGCUGAGAUUUAUUAUUCAAAACCUGCUAACCCACCCUGGGAAGGAGGGAGGAUGUGUAGUCCACUGCAUUAUUGAUGCCCAGCAAAGGUUGGGUGCUACAGUAUGAAGGGCUUGAGGCAAAUAGUCACCAAGCAAUACAUUUGCUUGCUGUAUCUGGGUUAGGGUUAGGGUUAGCAUGUAUACGUGGAAGGGCAUAUGGGUUAAUAGUUGGUAUUGUGGAAAUUUCUUCUUUUCCAGGCUGCAUUGGAGCAGUGGACUUAAGAAAAGGAAGGAAAUCGAGCUUACCAAUAAAGACACUGCCAGUUCUGACAUGGCUAAUUCCAUCAACAGUUGGCUGCGGGCUUCAUGUUGUUUGUCUGACUAUUUGGGACCCGUACCUUAUCUAUGGGUAAGCCAGACCCUUGGAUGGAAGCACAAGAAGGAGCUCUUUUUAGGGACCCAUGUGACUUGCUAAUUCACAAAUAAAUACUGUUACCAUAUAAAAUAUGAAACACAUUUCAUGUGCGUCUUGUAAUAAUGUAACUUUUUCUUAGUUCACUGCUGUACUGAUUGUUAACAUUGCUGCUUGCAGAAGUCUGACAUUUGACUCAGUUUCCAGAGUUCUUCAUUCUUCCCCUUCAGGCUGACCAGUCCCUUUCCCACACUGAUGUCCAGACAUCGAUAGCUUAGUUUAUAAGGAUAUCAUCUAGCUCUGUCUUCAGAGCUUUCAUUACACAGUUCGAUGAGUAUUUCGAGUGUUCUGAUGGCAUUGUCAGUCAUUUGAGCUGGCCUGUAUCCGUGGUUCUCAGAACAGUACCUUGUUGGGGAAUUUCUCUUAUCUGAUUAUAUAGUUUUAGUAGUUUAGGUUAGUUGUGUUGUAAAUGUUGCAUAUCAAGGUGAAUAGCUGUCAUAGGUGCAGGAAGCAUUCACUGCACAGAGAAUCAGUAUUUUGCCUGGGUCAAAAGCAUAGCAUGCUCAGUUUUCCCAAGUGCUGUUUGUUUAACUAAAGGAUCAUAAAGUGCAGGGUAGAAUUUAUGCAGUAGUUCCUAUCAUUGAAGAUUAUGCUGUUCUGGUCCUGAUUAUGCCAUCCAAAUCUGCUGGGCUCUUCCUUUGUCUACUGACAGCAAAAAAAGAAGUCUUCAGAGGAGUACCUGAAACAGAAGAAAUGUUGGGAAGCUUACCACAUUACCUUGGAGACAAUAACUAGCUGUUUUAAUAACCAGAUGAAAGAAAUCCUUGUAAGAUAGCUGUGUAGGUUAUUGGCAACUUCUUUGCCUUCUGAAGUAGAUUGCAGUAAAGUGCUCUGUUAUCUGCCAAAGAAGUAAGUCAGCAUAUUUCAUUUAGUGUAGAUAGGGCAGAGGGUGUUGUGGGAAAAGUUAUUUGAUAAUGGGCAGCAAAUGUUCUAAUUUGGGAAUCAGGAGAUUAAUAUCCGAUACUUUCUUAUCUUCAAGAACAAGUAAAUUAGAUGUUCUUAAAGUUUUAAAUACUUCAGUAAUUUACUUAUUUUAACUUCAGUAAUUUAUUUAUCGUGUUGAGUUAUUUGUGCUCAUUAACUGGGGUAGGAUGGAGAGGGUUGCAUGUGCUGGGGGGGGGGGGACACUGGGAAGGUGUGGUUUCCCCAGUGGAGACCAAGGACACCACCUUUUGUGCUUCAGGAUUGAGGUGGGGGCUGCAAAAUGGUAACUCCUUAUGGAUGUGUGGGAGCAUCCUUUGUGGCCAUCCCAUUGCACAUUACGUUCAUUUUAAGCCAGGUGUUCUUGAGGGCUAAUGAGAAAACACAAACCAUCCUUGAUGUCUGCCUUUAUGGCCCUACCUGGUCUACCCUCACCCAGAUGACGGGGUACAAAUAUGCCAUUUGGCCAACAGGUGUUGAUUGACAGGCAGCUGGACAAUGUGUGAAAAAAAAGUGUACCAUACUCUGAGUGAAAGCCGUGAUGAGCCUCAUAAUUCAGUCCAAACUUACUAAUGUAGUCUGAAAAUUGUCAAAGAUCAAAGUUAGAGGACAAAGACAUAAUAGGUUGAUAGCUUUGAGGGUAAGACAGUAAGGGUAUUUUAGGAAGAAGACACAUUGCAGAUGGCUUAAAAGCAGUAAUAUUUUAGAGGUGAGAGAGAUGAAAAUAAAUGAGAUAUAGCACUGAUAAAGAUUAGAGCAUUAUAUACAGUAGAAAAGCAAACGUAUGAGGUGAUAUAAUUUAAACAUACAGCAGUUUUUUGUAGAUAAAAUGGAAAAGUGCAGAGUCCAAAUAUGAAGAAAGCAAAAGGAUUAGAUGACUAUCAAAAAACAAAACUACUCAGUAGUGCAGUAGCUGACUGAGAAGAAGCUAAACUUCUGAGCUAAACUGUGAGUCUGAUUUUGACACACACAGGUUAUAGGGCUGCUCUUAGUACUUGUUCCAUUGCUCUUCAUGUUAGUCUGCUUUUUCCCAUCAGUGUUCUAAGGAUGUCUCCCCCUAUGCUGCGUCAUCAGCCACCUGAUAUGGGUAGUCUUUCCUGACUGCACCACUUCUUUCCCACUGCUCAGAGGAAUAUGUCUCCUUUCUUUCAGUAUUCCUCUCAGAGUGUACUUCAUUUGUGUUAAACCCAUUAAUCCUAGCAUUUCGUAAUAAGUGAUAUUCAGUUCAGGAGUCAUUACUUCAGAAUAUAAUUCCUUAACCAAGGUAUUUAGAAACAGAAGGAUGUUAAUCUUCCAUCUAGCUGCCAGAGCUUUUGGACACCCCCAGCAUGGUGAUGGUGUCCUCCUCACCGCAAGGUAUCAACCAGUGUGUGGCUUAAAAGGAAGAACAGGCUCUUUUAGUAGCAAGAAGCACUUUGGUAAUAAAUCCAACUUUUCAUCAGUCCCUUACAGUAAGCUUCAAAAAUGUUUAGUACCUAAAUGCAAACCUUUUUUCCCUGCUUACUGCAUUGGUGUUAAACUGUUUCAGCUGAAAGUUCAGUGUUUGCAUUUGGACCGUGUGGCUAGCAAAUUUCUGAAAUAUGUGGUAUCUCCAGUAACAAGUGAACUUAUUAAAGGCAAAUUCUACCAAAGGAA